UGGGUGCUACUCCAUUCGCCGCGCCGCUCCACCUCGGUUCUCUUCUCUGAUUCUCUCUACGCCUGCCUGACUGUCCGACACUUGGCAGUAGUAGAGUAAGCGAUUAACGUACGCAGGAGAUCUCGAGAUGAAUAUCACCGUGCACUCGUCCAAGGCCGUCAAGCCGGCGUACCCCGGCGGCGUCGCUCCGGCCGGCGAGCGCGCCGUGCCGCUGACGGUGCUGGACAAGGCCAACUUCGAUACCUACAUCUCCGUCAUCUACGCGUUCCGUCCGCCGGUCCCGGCCAACGCCGCGCUCGAGGACGGGCUCGCCCGGGUGCUUGUCGAGUACCGCGAGUGGGCGGGGCGGCUGGGCGUGGACGCCGAGGGCAACCGCGCCAUCCUCCUCAACGACGCCGGCGCGCGGUUCGUGGAGGCGACGGCGGACGUGACGCUCGACAGCGUCAUGCCGCUCAAGCCCACGCCCGAGGUGCUCAGCCUGCACCCCAGCGGCGACGGCGCCACGGAGCUCAUGCUCAUCCAGGUCACGCGCUUCGCGUGCGGGUCACUCGUCGUCGGCUUCACCACGCAGCACAUCGUCGCCGACGGCCGCGGCACAAACAACUUUUUUCUCGCGUGGAGCCAGGCCACCCGCGGCGCCGCCCUCGACCCGGUCCCAGUGCACGACCGCGAGUCCUUCUUCAGGCCCCACGACCCGCCGCUGGUGGAGUUCCAGCACCGAGGCGUCGAGUUCAAGCCCUACGAGAAGCACGUCGAUGAGAAGAUCCACGCCGGCGACGAGGACGAGGAGGAAGAGGUGGUGAUCCACAAGGUGCACUUCAGCCGGGAGUUCAUCUCCAAGCUCAAGGCCCAGGCGUCGGCGGGCCUGCCGCGGCCGUACAGCACGCUGCAGUGCGUGGUGGCGCACCUGUGGCGGUGCAUGACGACGGCGCGGGGCUUGGAGGAGGGCCAGAGCACCAGCGUGUGCAUCGCCGUGGACGGGCGGGCGCGGAUGAACCCGCAGGUGCCCGACGGCUACACCGGCAACGUGGUGCUGUGGGCGCGGCCAACCGCCACGGCCGGCGAGCUGGUGGCGCGGCCCCUGCAGCACGCGGUGGGGCUCAUCAACCGGGAGGUGGCGCGGAUCAACGACGCCUACUUCAAGUCGUUCAUCGACUUCGCCAGCUCCGGGGCGGUGGAGAAGGAGCGGCUCGUGGCGGCGGCCGACGCCGACGAGAUGGUGCUCAGCCCCAACAUCGAGGUCGACAGCUGGCUGCGGAUCCCGUUCUACGACCUCGACUUCGGCGGCGGCCGGCCCUUCUUCUUCAUGCCCAGCUACCUCCCUGUGGAGGGCCUGCUCAUCCUGCUGCCGUCCUUCGUCGGCGACGGCAGCGUCGACGCCUACGUCCCGCUCUUCAGCCGCGACAUGGACACGUUCAAGAACUGCUGCUACGCCAUGGACUAGGCGCCACGGCACUAGCUCGCCGUUGCUGUUUGUCGUAUUGGUUCGUUCGUUCAAUUGCCAAUGCUGAUUUCUUUUUUCUCUGAUGAUGAGACGAAUUGUCGAAGCUGUAUAAUUUGGCAGAGACUUCCUUAAAUAAACGAAGCUUCCAUAA